CACAUCCGCCCCUCGCAGUAGCCAGCUUGGAUCUGUGAAACGUGCUAAUUCCGUUCAACGCGCGCCGGUAAUGUCCUUUUUCUGGCUCCAAUCGAGGGAGUCUACUCGACCUCCUUAUUGUCACGCCUCUCCAUGUGCUCUACUGUACUUCCGAACUUGCUUCUCGGUAACCCCAGAGGCCCCUCGAGCUUCCCCAGUUCUCUUGUCCCGUCCCACUCGUGGCUGCUGUCCGCUCGCGGGUCUCUGGUCGAAGCUUGCUGCAUGGACCAUCUUCAGCGUGCACGUGUCGCGUGCAGUGCAUGUAAUCGUUCUCUGCUGGAUUCCAGAGAAGUCUCGCGUUCGCUGCAAAAAAGGCGACCCACAUGCAAAUCGGAUCGACGUGUCUCCUCGAAUCCUCGCACGAGUGCGAGAUUUCAUCGCCCGUCCCAUCGCCUCCCCACGUGACGACGACGUUUCGAAAAUAGAUUCAGGCUGAGACUACGUGGCCAUAUCCAGAUUUCAGGCAGCAAUUUUAUCGCCAAGAGUGCCUCUUCGCAGAUCCGCCAGCUUUUUAGCCUCCAAAUUCCUGCCAUGUUGCUCCCGAGCGUGCUGCUAUUGAGCCAGGCCAUCAUGCCAGGCUCUGUCAACAUGUGCGAGCACUGUCGGCUUGCAACGACGCAGCAGCACUGCCCCAAGAUCUGGCACCUAACCGAGGAAGCUUGCACCAUGCAGCUCCAAUUACAGUCACCUGCAGACGGCUUGCAGACAGCCUUGUCAUGCCAGUCAGGUUUGGUUGAACCCGCAGUUUGCUCGCUUCCCAGUUGAGAGGAGAUUCGCCUUCAGCUCGAUUGCGUGUGUACAACAGCGCCGACGGAUUGAUCCCACGAGUUACUGGCGUGUGCUCUCUUGUUGCCAGUCGGAGAAGCUGCGCUGGAAAACAGCUUGAAAUCACUGGACCACUGGCAGUGGUUUAUUCCUGGAACAGACAGAGUGGGAGAUAGUAGCAUCUGUUUUGCCACGCGUACCGCUUUCUAACUCCUCCCAGCAGGUGUUUUGGUACACAGCGGCACGGCAAGCUACGAGUGCGGCUAGCUAUUGGUAAGACAGCACAGCAAGCUGCCAAUUCAGCGUAGUCGGACAACCUAUGGACAAAAUACUCAUCUCACCUGCGACGGCCGGGUGUACGGACGCGGCCGCCGUUGGAUCCUCUGCCGUUGGAUCCUCUGCCGCAUUCGGAAACUACCCCGCAUCCGCCGGUGUUGGGGAGUUUCCUGCAACAGGCAGCACCAGAGGCCUCCGCCUGGGAGACUCGCUCCCUGCCUCGGCCUCAGCACCUGCCGGCGCGUUUGCAAGCUCUGGCGUCUUCGGAUCUUCCGAAUCCGAACCUGCUUUGGAUUUUCCCUCGUCCGGAUUCGACUGGAACGUUAGAGGGGCUCCUUUCUGCGGCUUAACUGCAUCCCUGCCUGAGCCUUUGCCUGUAUCGCACUCGCUGUCCCCGUUACAAGCAACCCCGUCUAUGGCUGUAGCGCCAGAUCCCUCCCUGGAGUUUACUGCUGAGAGUGCGUUGGCUGUAGGGUUCACCAGCAGCGGCAGCAGGCGUGCACGUGAGAAUCCCCUGCUACAACCUCAUAUGGAGUUCGAGGCUCAUAUGGGGUCUCAGCCUUAUGUGGAGUUUGAAGCUUGCACUGAGAGGAUGGAGGAGGGGGCAGAGGAGGGCAGAGGAGGAGGAGGAGGAGGGGAGUGGGAAAUUCAGGAGCAGGGGGGUGUGAGAGGCGUGGCAGGCGAAGCCCACCCUUCAGACGUUAAGCGGAGAUUUUUGCCAAGUGGUAUCGGAGAAAGAGGGAGAGUGAGGGGGAGGGGGAGAAGUGGCGGGAGCAGGAAGCAGCAGCGGGUGCUGCCGUGUGAGGCAGGGUUGAAGCAAGCUGCUGCUUAUAGGGAAGCUGGGGGAGAAGGAGGAGGAGAAGGAGGAGGAGGAGAAGGAGGAGGGGAGGAGAACUUGUUUGGUUUGCAAGAGCAGUCAGGCUGUCCCGAGGUGCAGUGGUUACCACGGCACCAGCAGGAGCAGCGGCGGUAUGAGCAGCAACAGCAACAAGAGCAGCAGCUGCAAAAGCAAAAGCAGCAGCAGAACCUGCAGCAGCAGCAGCGGCAGCAGCAAAAGCGGUGCCGAUUCUGUGGCAAGGGGUUUGAUUCCCCUCGAGCUUUGGGUGGCCACAUGAACCUGCACAGGCGAGAGAAGCGGUAUGAGGAUCGCCUUGUGCUGCAGGCGGGGGAGAGGGCACUGGCGGAGAUGCGAUCGCAGCAGCAGCAACAGCAGCAGCGAGCCAAAGAGGAAUGCUUGCAGCGGCUCCAGCAGGCGCUUCAGCACCAGCACCACCAGCAGCAGCAGCAGCAGCAGGGGCAGGGGCAGGGGCAGGGGCCGUGUGGCUCGGUGUCCGCAACAAGAGUGCUGCCGGCGCCACAAGCAGCGCCAACUCUCCCAGCAUUGCCAGCAGCACUAACUGUACCGGCACCACCAGCGGCACUAACUGUACUGGCACCACCAGCUGCGCUAGCGGUGCCACCUUUACAAGCUAUCGCGACCGCACAUGCUUCGUUGCCCACGCCAGCACUACGCCCUUCGGGGGGGUCUCUACCAACGGAGCUGCCUCUAUGUGUAGGCGCGGGGGGGCAACCGGGGAGCGGAGCCGGAACCGCUACUUUUGAGUCGUCUCAAAAGCCAAUGGAGCUGCCUCUAGGCGUAGGCGCAGGGGGGCAACUGGGGAGCGAAGCCGGAGCUGCUACUGGCAUGCCGCAUCCGGGGGGUUAUCUGCCACACGCCUGCACACGUCCUGCUGCCUUCCGCCUCUUAACCAGCACGGGAAGCAGAGCUACUGGGGGUGUGCCUCACGCUGCACCGGGGCAGAUGCAUCGUGGUGCAUCCACUGGCGUAAGCCAUGGUACUUCCAUGGCUAUGCAUCAUGCUGUGCCAGCUCCGAUGCGUCCUCGUGCAACCGUGGUCAUGCCGCUUGAAGACCCGGCUUCCAUGCGUCCUGCAGCAACCACAGACAUGCCUCAUGGCCUCUCUUCUGGCUCGGCUGCAACCCCUUUAGCAAGCAGCUGGCCCAGGAGACAUGCUAACUCUCUGGUGUUUGCCCAGCCAAGGCCCCCUUCACCUCAUAUAUUCCAACAGCAGCAGGCUCCGUUGCUCAUGCCUCACACGUCCUCGCCUCAAACCAACCUGCCAGCCCUUCCCUUUCACGUUGCAAACCCCUUCCUCUCCUCCCUCACACCUGAAUUCCUUGAAUCUCUCUUCCUCAGGACUGGCCCUUCAGAAACCCUCUUCCUAGCUCCCACACCCCCAACAGCCCCCACACCCCCAACGGCCACCACAGGCUCUCCAGCAGCUACAGCAGCCACACCUGCUACACCUGCUACAGCCACUCCAUCCGCUCCUGUGUUCAGUUCUGCCCCUCCGCUCGUUCCUCAAGCUCACAGUUAUUCACCACCCCUCCCUGCAAGUGCUGCUGUGACUCCAUCGCCUGUGCCCCAGCCUCCUUUUUUUCAACCUCACCUGCCUGAGCCUCCUUGUCCUCCUCUGCCUGGCGCUCCUGUGCCUCAUCUACCUCAGGUGCUUAUGGGGCAGGCGUUUCAGCCGCAUGCUCUCAGGUUCCUCGAGUCCAGGGCUCCGCAGCAGCAGGGGUGGCUGCGACCACACGGGCUGCAGCAGAGGCAGGGACAGUGGGAGCAGCGGCAGCAGCGGCAACAGCCGCAGCAGGAGGAGCAGCAGCACCAGCACCAGCAGCAGUUGCUAAGUCAGCUGUUGUCACAUGCAGGUGUUACAGGUGUUGCUUUGCUGGCACCUCCUCAGCCUGCAUUUCCGACUUCCCUGUGGCACCUGAGUGGUUCAUUCGCUUCUCUGCCUGCCCCCCCCACUGCAGGUGUUACUGGCGUUCCUGUGACUGCAGAGCCUCCUUCUCAGCCUGCAUUUCCAGCUUCCCCGUGGCACCUGAGUGGGUCAGGAUAUCCCCUGCCUGUGCUGCAUGAUUCAAUCCCCGGGGCAGCAACGCUGCCACAAGCAGCAUUGCCAGCACCAGCAGCAGCAAUGUUAGCGGCAACACUAGCACCUGCCCAGUCACGCCAGCAGCAGCAGCAGCAGAGCCUUGAAGUGACUCACCAGCUGCUGCAGCAGCAGCUGUGCUACGGGCAGCUUGUUCCUGCUACUCCUGGCGUGAACCCAUGGCAAGAACAGACUGGGCAGGGGGCAUUGCAGGGGGCAUUGCAGGGGGCAUUGCAGGGGGCAUUGCAGGGGGCAGGGAGCGGAGCGACCAGGCAGGAAGAAAUCGCGAGGCUGGAAGCAGAAAUCACGAGGCUGCAGCAAGCUCUGCAGCAAGGGCAUCUUGAGGGGGAAGGGGAGGGAUGUUUCUCUGAGGCGCUGCAACAGGGGCAUCUUCUUGAGGGGGAAAGGGAGGAGCUCAACUUGCAGGAACAGGGAGUGAAAGGUUCGGUCAAUAUGGAGCAGUUGUUGUGGGGUGAUGAGGACUUGAAGGGUCCAUUGAAGAGGGAUGGGCUGGGUGACUCUGAGGUGUUUAGGUUUGACCGGCUGUCCAUUUUUUAGGAUGUGCUGGGUGGAGGAAGGCCCCUGGGGUGUCAUUGCUGGGUUGGAGCUUGCUUUCCUUGUUAGCUCGUGUGCCUGUGAAUUUGGUAUGUAGGGUUGUCCACUCAAUGCUCAACGCUGUACAACAGGCCGAGGGUGUCUCUCUCUUAGACAAAGUACUGUCAGAACUCAGUCACUAACCACUGAGUUAAAAGGGCU